AGACGUCUCGGGCACGCGACCUUUGGUGGAGCGCGUCUCCUGCUGGCGUAGACCGACUCCUACUACUAAGGGCCGGGCAAUAGUGUAGGAUGGAACCCGGUGCCAGGGGCAGGUCCCCUGUGGCCCGGCGCGUCACACCUAAGCUGAGCAGCGACACUCUCUACAGUCUCCCCUAUCGUCCCCGGAAGGAUGCAGCCCAUGGGCGGAAAACUGCAGCCGUUGAUAUCGACGGCCUCGACACGGGCACGGCGGUCAGCCGCCGCCAGGACUCCGAGGCCGAUCCCAGGAAACAACCAGCCGCGGCUGAUGCCCUAUCCCUCUCCGGCACCACGCCGCCGAGCAGCCCUACCGUGACCAACUUUCCUGCCGCCUCCAAGUCUAUGACUCCAGACUCGGCCGAAGCCGGCCGCCCUCAGCUGGUCCUCACGGAUUCUCAUGGCAAGGUGGCCGCCGAGGCUGGGGAUGAUGCCCAUUUCCGGAAGCACAACCGUGGCAUUGGUUCCAUCGACUCGCUUCUGUCUUCCACCACUUGUGUCAACACCCAGUCCGAGUGCAGCCGUACCGAGUCACGCCUGUCUAGGGAGAUUCGUAUUGAGGUUAAAGAAACUGACAGCGGGGCGCCCAUCGUUUCACACCCCAAACCGAAAAAGCAGCCCAGCAGGGUUCAACUUGCCCCGCCGAGCACCACUGACAGGCGCGGCUCUGUCGUGAAUCACAGUGAGGGUGAGGGUCGCAUGAGUGAGGAUGAAGAGUCCAGGCUGGUCAAUGAAAUCUCGUCGUGGGUCUUGAGAAACACAUUUGGCAAGGACGUGGAUGACUGCGCCGCGCCGCUACUGGUUUGGGACUGCACUUACCGGUACCUGCGAGAACUUUGGGCCGCCACGCAUGAAGGAAAUGCUGGCUUUAUUCAAACGACGUCUGGUCAUGGCACCCCGUCACCCCACUACGGGGGCACCUCAGCGCCCGGAGGUAAUGAUCAACAGAACUCCGGCUACCCUGGGAAGGGGAAGCGGAAAGCAGACGGAGGCAGUGACGGCGGAAGCGGGUUCGGCGGCCGAGACAAAGAAGAGGACGACGAGAGGGAUGUCUCCCCGGCCUCGCAAGCAUAUAGCAGCAAAGGAAACAUCACCAACUUCAGCUGUCCUUACCGAAAACGCAAUCCCCUUCGGUUCAACGUGCGAGACUACUACGUCUGCGCAACACAUUCUUUUGCCGAUAUGUCUCAACUCAAGAAACAUAUUCGUGCUCACCAUCCUCCCGUCCAGAGAAACGCGGGCCCAUUCCUUUGCCCCCGUUGCUGUCAGGGCUUCGUCUCGAAAAAUGAAUUGGACUCGCAUUUACGGCAGUUGGAAGUCUGUCGCGUCUCGUAUGACAGUGGUGGUGCGGACCCUGAAGACGGGAUCACGCAGAAGAUCAUCUCGUCCUUGGAGGCCCGAAGCCUUAAAGCCAAGAUCGACAAUUGGGUCUCGUUGUGGAAGCUUCUUUUCCCAGGUGACCAGGUUAUCCCUGAUCCAGUGUUCGUCCCUGUCAUGGAAGUUUUUGAUUUCAUUACUGAAUCCAGGAAAUUCCUGGACGUAUUGAAAGACCUCCUCGAAAUCCAGUACCGCCAUGUCCUUGAAGGAGCAAGUCAGCUGAUGGACGUGGAUCUCAAAAUCAAGCAAGGCCUGGAGCGCAGCACAAGCUCGAUCUACAACUGGAUUGAGACCGUGGUGCAAGACUGGGAGCAGAAAAUAGCGGGAACCGUCUCACCCUUCACGAGUUCGGCGAUAAGCCAACCCGCCACGAGUGACAGUUGGGCUUCUACUCCCCGUCUUCCUCCUUCCCCAGCUCCAACACCCACAGUCGCAUCCGGGACAGCCGCCGCCUCGGGCAUCCUGACCGGAGCCGAGAGCCCCAGCGCACCAGUGACUGCCGCUCCUCGCAGCACAUCCGCCCGGAGGCGUCCCAAUCCCCAGCCGAAGCGGAUCAAGAGACCCGAGAUCCUUCCCAAGGCACCACCACCCACUCAGAUUCCGCUGCCCGUACAACGAGCGCGGACACCCCAGUCGCAGUCAGUCCUGGCCAGCAAUGCGUUUAGACCGGCCCCAGCGGUCCUUCCGAGCCAGUCGAUUCCGAUGCCUCCAUCUACCACUCAGGGUCUCAGCCCAGGUCCACCAUACCAAACUAGCUGGGAUAACACUCCGGUAACUGUUGCUGGCGCCUAUAGUAUCCCUUAUACAGGUGCAGGAGAUAUACUUCAGCACCAAGCAGCGCCGACGCACUUUGGUUCCAUUCACCCCCAUCAGCUCGACGUCCAACCCUCGUAUCUGGGUCCGGAACAAUCCGAGACCGUGUCUCCUGACGCAAUGCAACACGACGCCGACCCGAGUCCACAGUCUGCAGCGACCAUGCACGCAAAUCAAAUAUCCAUGUCUGCUACCCCGAGAUCUUCACUUGCUAGUCUUCUCUGGAACCGUGACGAGAAUCGGGACUCAAGCCAGACGUUGGUCGAAGCACACCCGCCGGGGAGGUGCCACAACAUGUAUUGCCCAAGCUGUAACAAAACACUGCCAGACGACAUGUCCGCACAGCCGUCCCCUGUGAGCAUACAUCCUGCCACAGGUCCUCUACAACAACACAAUGCCUUCCAGACCGUGGGCACGGGACAGGGAGGGGGGCCCUUUCAGCCAUCUCCCGGUCCGGGGGAAAUACACAGCUUUGGCGAUCAAGUUGAGUGGUAUGGGGGUAUGCAUGGCGUUGGGGGAAAUGGUAACAUGUUCGGCGGGGGGCAUCACGGGCCGCAGGAGGGAUACUGAAUGGGCCCUUAAAAAGUGACAGGAGGCCAUGGAGAUUCUAAUUUUUUCUUCUUGGAUACCAUACCUCUUUGUUCUGUUGUACUAACCGACUAAUAAGGAUUUGACCUAAUGUAAUAUUAGAUGCCACAACACCCAAGGUAAUUAUGUACAAGCACGGGCAGCCAGACAUAGUAAAUACACAGGCAGCAACCGGGUACAUGGUGUAAUUAUAUUAUCGGCGCACCGAAUGAGGUCAUGAAUCAUCUAUAUACCAGUCUUUGUUGUU